AUGUCUCGACGUCUUCUUCUUAUCAACGGUCCAAACCUGAACCUCCUCGGUACGCGAGAACCUCACAUCUACGGCUCAACAACCCUCCAAGAUGUCGAAACCCAAGCAAAAACCCAAGCAAAGGAACUCUCCGCCUCGAUCGAUACCUUUCAGGCCAACUCGGAGGGAGCGAUAGUCGACCGGAUCCAUGCGGCGCGCGGCGAGAUUGACGCCAUCAUCAUCAACGCGGGCGCGUACACGCACACAAGCGUCGCCAUUAGAGAUGCCCUGACGGGCGUGGACAUUCCGUUUGUCGAGAUUCAUAUUACGAAUGUCCAUACGAGGGAGGCGUUUAGGCAUCACAGUUUUCUGUGUGACAAGGCUGAGGCUGUUAUUUGUGGGUUGGGGGUUUUUGGGUAUACCGCUGCUAUUGAGUAUGCGGCUAAGCAUAUCAAGUUGAGAGGAAAGGCGUCGAGGCUGUGAGGGCGUGGUAUUUCAUUGCGCAAUAGAAGGGCUGAGACGCAACGUGAGAUGGAUAGAUGGCUGGGCGUCAAGAUGCUCGAGCCCAGGUUAUAUGCCUCGCCAUGGCGAUGGGCAUCUCGUCGCCCGCUCUAUACAUCAAGCCGCCAUCCGGAGUACAUACGCAGGGUGGAAUUACAUCAAUGGGUUCCACCGCGGGUCAUAUUUGGUAUUUACAGGCCAAUACAGAUCCCCAAAUGCGUUGCAAUCGUAACCGUCCAAACAGUGGUUCCCCAGCAGCCCUGAUCGUGGGCAUCUUCAGCUCAUGACCACAUUGUGUGUCUCAUUGCUCACCAUCUUCGACAAACGAAUUUUUCGGAUGGAAAGCGCCG